AUGAAGGGUACUCGUAGUGGACGAGUUCGAGGGCGUGGACGUAAGCAACCCUCGACUGAAAGGGGUAAUCGGGAACCAAUACCUGAACCAACUCCUGAACCUAGGGUUGACCCAAAUGCUCAAGUAGCCGCUGCUAUUCAGCGCAUGACCGAUCUGCUAGCCCAUGUAGUAGAACACCAAGGCCAAAACCCUAAUCCUCAACCUGGAAACCCUGAUAAUAAUAUAGAGGGCGAGGAUAGAGCCCUUCAAAGAUUUCAAAAGUUCUCCCUACCAAAAUUUCCCGGAGGCCCUGAUCCUGACGUGGCUGAGAGAAUCAGAGGAGGUUCUACUAGUGCCGGACGGUCUUUUAGACUUAGAGAUGAGGACAUUGAAAUUGUGGAACCGUCUACCAAAGCACCUAAAAAGAAGAUUGUGACCCGUGGUGGUAAAGUGAAGCAAACUGCCCAAAGCAAAAGGGUUUCUCCAACUGCUGAACCAUCUGAUGAGCAGAUGGAAGAGCAAAACUCUGAAGGAAACACAGUUGGUGGAAAUGAGGUACCAGAACGGGCUAUCCAGGAUGAUGAAACUGACACAAGGUCAUCUGGUAAAAGAAAAAGAACUGCAAAAAGGAAGAGCACUCCCCAAUCCAAGAAAAAGCAACCUGCUGAUCCCUCUGAUAAUCAGCAGAAUGAAGGAAACAUUGCUGAGAAUCAGCAAACACCUGAACCCUCCACCAGGAAAUCUCCAAGGACAAGGACUGAGGCUCAAAAUGUUGGGUCAUCUGCCACACAAACCUCGAAAAGGAAACGUUCUGGGAAGGACCUAAAAGAGUCAAGACCUGAGCCCACAGGGCCAACUACUGGUACUGAGGCCAUACCAGCUUCCAGCUCUCAGCCCAAGAAUAAAGGCAAGGCUCCAGCUACUGUGGAGGCAUAUGAAGAAGACGAUGAAGAAACUGAGGAAGAAGUGGAUCCUGAACAGUUUCGUCUGGCCAGGAGGAGGCCUGGAUCAUCUAAAAUCACUAUCUAG